CUGCAACUGUUUACAUACAUAUAUUUCGCACAGCACAGCACAGCACAGCACCACCACCUCGCGACCUCCUACACUCUCUCUUCCGCCGCCACCCAUAACUGCCGCCGGCGAAUUAAGGGGAUCACAAGAAACACCCCUAUAACAUGGGAGGCGGUGAAGAGACAAAAACAGGGGAAGAAGAGAAGCAGAAGAGUACACCACCAUCUGAUCUCAAUGAUUACAUCGUGAUCAAAGAAGGAGAGGCUGAGAUUUUGAUGCAUACCAAAAAUGAAGUCUUUUACAAUAAAACCCAGGUUAACAACAGAGAUAUGUCUAUCGCUGUUCUGAGGACGUUUAUAUCUAAACGUAAAGAAGAACAUGAAGCAGUAUUGUCUAAAAGAAAGAAAAAAGUGUUGAAGGUAUCAGAGGACAAUGAUUCUGGAUUAGAAGCACCAAUUGAGUCUACUAUGCCUAAUGGAAAAUCUAAUGGCGAAUGUGAAGAGAUGCCACAAGAUGAAUCAAAUGGCACCUGCCAAGAACCAGUAAAAACACCAGAUGAUAAAGGACGAGGGGCAUUAAAGCCACCUAGAGUACUUGAGGCUCUAUCAGCUUCAGGGUUGAGAGCUCUAAGAUAUGCUCGUGAAAUAGAAGGGAUCGGACAAGUUGUGGCACUGGACAAUGAUAAAGCAUCUGUCGAAGCUUGCAGGAGAAACAUUAAAUUCAAUGGUUCAGUUGCCAGUGAAAAAGUGGAAUCAAACCUUGCUGAUGCUCGAGUCUAUAUGCUUACUCAUCCAAAGGAAUUUGAAGUGGUUGAUCUUGAUCCUUAUGGUUCACCCUCUGUAUUCCUGGACUCUGCGGUUCAGUCGAUUGCUGAUGGAGGGCUAUUGAUGUGCACAGCAACAGAUAUGGCUGUGCUAUGUGGAGGCAAUGGAGAAGUCUGCUAUUCCAAAUAUGGUUCCUACCCACUGAGGGGAAAAUAUUGCCACGAAAUGGCUUUGCGGGUCCUCCUUGCAUGCAUCGAGAGUCAUGCAAACCGGUACAAGAGAUACAUUGUCCCAGUGUUAUCUGUUCAGAUGGACUUCUAUGUCAGGGUAUUCGUCCGCAUAUAUACUUCAGCAAGUGCAAUGAAGAACACUCCACUUAAGCUUUCAUACGUUUAUCAAUGUAUUGGUUGUGAUUCUUUUCAUCUCCAGCCACUGGCCAGGACCGUCUCUAAGAAUACGAGCAUCAGAUAUCUCCCAGGGUUUGGUCCUGCUGUUACCCAAGAAUGCAGCGACUGUGGGAAGAAAUAUAAUAUGGGAGGACCCAUAUGGUCGGCUCCUAUUCAUGAUCAAGAUUGGGUGACAUCCAUAUUAGCAGACAUUAAAUCUAUGAAGGAACGCUAUCCUGCUUUUAAUCGGAUUUCUGCCGUCCUGACAACCAUUUCUGAGGAAUUACCAGAUGUUCCCCUUUUCUUGAGUUUGCACAAUCUUUGUGGUACUCUUAAGUGCACUUCUCCAUCAGCAGUGGUAUUUAGGUCUGCUGUGAUCAACGCUGGAUAUCGUAUCUCUGGAACUCAUGUGAACCCAUUAGGGUUAAAAUCUGAUGCUCCUAUGGAUGUCAUAUGGGAUAUCAUGCGUUGUUGGGUUAAAAACCAUCCUGUGAAAGCCCAACCUCCAGAGCAGGCUGGAAGUGUGAUCCUGGCCAAAGAACCUCAGAUUCAGGUUAAUUUUGCUCGAGCAGUUGCAUCACUUAGCAAAGCUCAAGCAAAGAAGGUUGCACGGUUCCUUCCAAAUCCGGAACGGCAUUGGGGACCGAAACUAAGGGCUGGGCGCACCAUAACUAGCAAACACGCAUCUCUUCUGGGCCCGGAAACAGUGAAUGAGAUCCUUAAUAACGACGAAGAACAAGGUGAAGAGCCCGAAGCCAAGCGUAAGAAGACACAAGAUUCUACUUCUGUUAUAUGAAAUGAUAAAAGACUAAAAAUGGAAGCUUUUUAUACAUCUCUCUCAUUAUAAUCUUAUUCUGCAUUUCUGUGCAGAGAGGGAAUCCAACUUGUAAUUGUUGAAGGAUUAAGGAUAGAUCUGUUAGAAGUCUUGAAGUUGUAGAAUGUAGUCUGGUUUUUCCUGUGAUUUUGGUCCCUUUAUGUAUUAUUUUGAAUGCAAUUCAUGUAAUUAGUUAUAUAUAU